AUGAUUGCUGCAUCCUCAUUUCUUCCCUCCCGCUUCCGCGGCGAGCAACCGAGCGAUAAGCCAGCUCCUCCGAGCAAGGCGAACAAGACGAUCACACCCAUCUUGCAAUUUGUGUCCAAGAUCGCCUGCCUGCACCCGAUACAUACCAUUGUCAUUGUCGCCCUCAUCGCGAGCACCACAUACGUCGGCGUAGUGAAGCAGAGCCUGCAGGAUGUGACGAGGAACGAACGGAACGCCGAAUGGUCGUCACUGAUCGAAGGGAGCCGCAGCUUACAAACGUCCGCCGACAACUCGUGGAGAUGGCAGAGUUUUGAUUCCAACGCCAAAGUCCCCAAGGACACCGAUCACCUGGCGCUGGUGACUCUGGUAUUCCCCGAAUCCAAUGAAGACGCGCCGAAGACCGCCCCUUUGCACCACAUUGUGCCCUUGCCCCAGAACCUCUCGGCUUCCCAUCUGCCCUCGACCUCCAACUCCCUGACUGCGUAUUCUCAAGAUAGCGCUUUGGCGUUUGCCAUCAAAUACAGCGAGGCCCCCGAAUUUGUCCGAGCGGCGCGAGAGAUCCCCAAUGACGUCCCUGGCCAGGAGGUGCGCGAGAAUGAGGUUGGCAAGAAGGAGGAGAAGAUGUGGAUCAUGAAGGUUGCCAAAGGUCACUCCGGAAGCAGUUUGCUACGUUGGAUUCACAACUCUUGGACCGAGUUUCUUGACCUCAUCAAGAACGCCGAGACCCUUGAUAUCAUCAUCAUGGUCCUCGGCUACCUCUCCAUGCACCUGACCUUCGUCUCGCUCUUCUUAUCCAUGCGGAAACUUGGCUCCAACGUCUGGCUGGCCAUUAGUGUCCUCUUCUCUUCGACCUUUGCCUUCUUGUUCGGUUUGAAUGUCACGACUAAGCUUGGCGUUCCUGUCACCAUGGUCUUGCUGUCUGAAGGCCUGCCGUUUCUUGUCGUGACCAUCGGUUUCGAGAAGAAUAUCGUUCUUACCAAGGCCGUACUGUCACACGCGCUGGAGCACCGUAAACCCGAAGACGACUCCCCUGGAUCAGACAAAUCGGCCAAGAAGCCCACUGCUCUAUCAGCCGGCGUUAUCCAAAAUGCUGUCCAACGCGCAUUAAGAGACAAGGGUUAUGAAAUUGUUCGCGACUAUGUUAUCGAGAUUUUGAUACUAGUUGCCGGCGCUGCUUCUGGCGUACAGGGGGGUCUGCAACAGUUCUGUUUCCUGGCUGCCUGGGUUCUGUUCUUCGACUGCAUCUUGCUGUUCACGUUCUACACCGCCAUUCUCUGCAUCAAGCUGGAGAUCAACCGCAUCAGACGCCAUGUUGAAAUGCGUAGAGCUUUGGAAGAUGAUGGUGUCAGCCACCGAGUUGCCGAGAGCGUCGCUACAAGCAAUGACUGGCCAAGGCAAGGUGGCAAAGAUCGUGUUAGCGAAGCACUCUUCGGGAAGGAUGUCAAGGGGAGCAAUGUUCCCAAGUUCAAGUUUUGGAUGGUCGGUGGCUUCAUCGCUAUCAACAUCGCCAACAUCUUUACCAUCCCCUUUAGGACCACCGGUCUUUCUGGCUUGUCCUCGUGGUCUGGAGGCCUGGGAGGAGUCGUCAGCACGCCUCCCCUGGAUCCAUUCAAGGUUGCUUCCAAUGGACUUGAUGAGAUUCUUUUCAAUGCCAGAAGCCACUCCAAGCCGACGGUUGUCACCGUUCUCACUCCCGUCAAGUACGAACUCGAGUACCCUUCAAUACAUUAUGCAGUUUCUGCUACAGGAAGCGAGAACGGGCAAUCAGACGAGGGCUACUCGCAGCUGGACGGUUAUGGCGUUGGCGGACGAAUGGUGGGCAGCAUCCUGACCAGCUUGGAGGAUCCAAUCCUAUCAAAGUGGAUUGUCAUUGCUUUGGCCAUGAGCGUUGCCUUGAACGGUUACUUGUUCAACGUUGCAAGAUGGGGCAUAAAAGAUCCAAAUGUGCCCGACCAUCGAAUUGAUCCCAACGAGCUCGCGGCAGCCGAAAAAUUCAACGAGACACAAUCUGGGCUCACCACUCCCGCAAUUGGCGAGACUCAGCCCAAGAAGAAGGCGGCACUGCCUCUCACUCCUGCCUCUACUGAUGACGAGAGUGUUCAGUUUCCUCCUCCGAGACCUGUUAGGGCAGUCCAGCAUAUCCCGUCACCUGUAUCCCCUGGUACAGUCAGAAGCCAGGGCGAGCUGGAGCAAAUGCAAAUGCAAAAGCGAGUGCAUGAGAUGAAUGAUGAAGAGGUCAUCUCCAUGUCAUUGAAGGGCAAGAUCCCCGGCUACGCUCUGGAGAAGAGUCUCAAGGAUUGCACUCGCGCCGUAAAGGUCCGGCGGACAAUCAUCUCUAGAACCCGAGCGACAGCUGAAGUAACGGGACUUUUGGAUCGAUCAAAGCUGCCUUACGAGAACUAUAACUGGGAAUUGGUUCUGGGCGCCUGUUGCGAGAACGUCAUAGGCUACAUGCCGCUUCCCGUCGGUGUUGCUGGCCCUCUCGUCAUUGACGGACAGAGUUACUUCAUCCCUAUGGCUACUACUGAGGGUGUCCUUGUCGCGAGUGUCAGCCGUGGCUGUAAAGCGAUCAACUCUGGUGGCGGUGCUGUAACGGUCCUGACUGGUGACGGAAUGACCCGUGGACCUUGCGUGAGCUUCGAGACCCUCGAGCGUGCCGGCGCUGCAAAGCUGUGGCUCGACUCGGAGGAAGGCCAAACCACGAUGAAGAAGGCAUUCAAUUCGACCUCCCGCUUUGCUCGGUUGCAACAGAUGAAGACCGCCAUGGCCGGUACCAACCUGUACAUUCGGUUCAAGACCACAACUGGCGAUGCCAUGGGCAUGAACAUGAUCUCCAAGGGCGUGGAGCAUGCCCUCAAUGUUAUGGCCAACGAAUCUGGAUUUGAAGAUAUGCAAAUCGUCUCCGUAUCGGGUAAUUACUGCAUCGACAAGAAGCCUGCUGCAAUCAACUGGAUCGAUGGUCGCGGCAAGGGUAUUGUCGCUGAAGCUAUCAUCCCCGGCGACAUUGUCAAGGCUGUCCUGAAGAGCGAUGUCGACAGCCUUGUUGAGCUCAAUAUCUCCAAGAACCUGAUCGGCUCCGCCAUGGCAGCCUCAGUAGGAGGGUUCAACGCACAAGCCGCCAACAUUGUCGCCGCCCUGUUCAUUGCUACCGGACAGGAUCCCGCGCAAGUUGUAGAGAGCGCCAACUGUAUCACCAUCAUGAAGAAUCUCCGCGGCUCUCUUCAAAUCUCCGUGUCCAUGCCAUCGAUCGAAGUAGGGACUCUCGGUGGCGGCACCAUCCUGGAACCCCAAGGUGCCAUGCUUGAUAUGCUUGGUGUGCGCGGAUCGCACCCGACCAACCCUGGUGACAAUGCUCGUCGUCUAGCCCGGAUUGUUGGUGCGGCUGUCCUGGCCGGAGAGUUGUCCCUCUGCAGUGCCCUUGCUGCUGGGCAUCUAGUCCAGGCACACAUGACGCACAACCGCUCCCAGCCACCUACUCGCACCACCACGCCAGCCCCCAAUGGUGGUGCAAUGACACCAGUUGGUUUGGCGAUGACAAGCGCUGUCGACAAGGCAGUGAGGAGUUCUGCUGCCGUCGAAAGGGAGGCAGCCGGCAAACGCUGA